GGCCCAGGGCUCGACUGGGACCCCUAAGCCAAGGCCCGGUUUUUUUCCUGCCUAGCCUUUCUAUAACACCUGCAGCCGUGCACAGUCUCCUCCCUCCAAGCUCCCAGGCCACAUCUUCCAGUGUUUGCAUUCUGCCCCACGCUGCUUCAGCCGCCGCUCAGCGCGUUUCUUCCCGCACCUGUGGAAGCAAUUGUUGAUGUCACUUUCUGUGAAAAAGUUCUAUGGCUACCAGAAUGCCCACCUCUUUCAGAUAAGAAAAAAAAAAAAGAACGCGAAAAAGUAGAGUUGCAAUCUUGAGUUGGUGGAAGAGCUACCAGUAACUAAGAUGUCUGAAGAUGAGAAUAAUGCAGAGUCCGAAGGAGUCCAUAGAUCUGAUGAGUCACUGGAGGAGCCUGGAACUAUUGAAGAAAUGUUAAGUGCCUUAAACGAAGACGCUUUUUACUCAGAGAGGAAAGAGUCUGACGAGUUUGAUGAAGCAAAUCUUUUAAAGGAUGCAGAAGAGUCAGUAGCUUCCUCCACAAGCCAGCUUAACGGAGAUGAAGAGAAAAAGACUUCUGACACCAACCUAGUAGAUGGCAGCCCAGAAACUCCACAGAGCUCUAAGAGCUCCUCAGAGAGUAAGACAGCUGAAGACGAUCAGCCAGCCAAAGACUCAGAUGAGAAGACAGAUAGUCCACACGACUCUGAAGACAGCCAGAACGAAUUUGGCUUGGAAUCAGAUAACUUUACAGUUAAUCUUGAUGCUAAGGGUUUACAAGAAUUCCCUGUAAACAUUUUCAAAGACAAAUACGUAAAAUAUCUUUAUUUAGAUAAGAAUAAUAUAAAAAAUUUCCAAGGGGCAGACCCAGAGGACCUACUAGGACUAGAAGUUCUGUCCUUGCAACAAAAUGGAUUGCCAUCAAUUCCCUCGGACAUUGAAUUGCUUUACAAUUUAGAGACACUAAAUGCCAGUUACAACCACAUAUCCCAGAUACCUAAAGAACUAUUACAACUUGAGAAUAUGAGGCAACUCUUUUUAGAUAGUAAUUAUAUUGAGAGUUUACCUUCUGACUUAGAAAGUCUUAGCAGUUUAGAAACUUUAAGUUUGGGCAAAAAUAAAUUAACACAUAUACCAGAUUCUCUCUCUAGUUUGAAAAAUUUGCAAGUUCUCAACCUGGAAUAUAACCAAUUAACGAUAUUUUUUAAGUCUCUGUGCUUCCUUCCAAUGUUAAUCUCACUAAACCUCACUGGAAACAUGAUACGCAGUUUGCCAAAAGAAGUUAGGGAACUGACAAACUUAGAAAACCUUUUAAUGGAUCACAACAGACUUACUUUUUUGGCUGUGGAAAUUUUUCAGUUGCCCAAAAUAAAGGAACUUCAUCUAGCUGACAAUAAAUUGGAAACUAUUUCACCCAAAAUUGAGAAUUUCAGCGAUCUCAGGCUUCUUAACCUUGAUAAAAAUUUAUUGAAAAGCAUACCAAAAAAAAUUUCCCACUGUGUAAUGUUGGAAUGUCUUACCCUUAGUGAUAAUAGUAUAGAAGAACUUCCUAGGAAAAUCCAUAAGCUUAAAAAUUUGAGACAACUCCAUGUGAACAGAAAUAAAAUGAUAAAAAUUGCUGAAGAAAUCGCACAUCUUAGUAAUAUAAACAGCCUGGAGUUUUCUGGCAAUCAAAUCACACAUAUCCCUAUUGAAAUAAAAAACUGCAAAAAAAUAACCAGAGUUGAACUGAAUUACAACAAUAUAAUGUACUUCCCGCUGGGGUUGUGUGCUUUGCAGUCACUUGACUACUUGAGUUUCAAUGGAAAUUAUAUUUCAGAAAUCCCUGUGGAUAUAUCGUUCAGUGAGCAGCUGCUUCAUUUAGAGUUGAACAGAAACAAACUCCCCAUAUUUUCAGAACAUUUGUGUUCUCUCACUAAUCUCGAAUACCUGGAUCUUGGCAAAAACCUAAUAAAGACAAUUCCUCCCUGUAUCUCUGCUAUGGUGUCACUCCAUGUGCUCAUUCUGUCUGGUAAUAAGUUUGACAAUUUCCCAAAGGAACUGUGUACUUUAAAAAACUUGCAUGUACUGGAUGUGUCAGAAAAUCAGUUACAGAAAAUACCUGCAGAAAUAUCCAAACUAAAAGGGAUCCUGAAGUUAAACUUUUCAGGCAAUCAGUUCACACAUUUUCCUGUGGAACUGUGCCAUCUUAAAACACUGGAGGAUUUGAAUUUGAGUCAGACAAAUGGGAAAAAGUUAACAAGACUUCCAGAAGAGCUGUGUAAUAUGACUCAACUCAAAACACUUGACAUCUCGAACAAUGCCAUCAAAGAUAUUCCAAGAAAUAUAGGGGAUCUGAAAAAUCUGGUUAGUCUAUAUGCAUGCAAUAACCAAAUAAAUUCUCUUCCACCAUCUUUUCUGGCUUUAGAAGUUCUACAGAGCCUAGACCUCAGAGGAAACAGUCUGACAGAUCUCCCCAGUGCUAUCUAUAGUCUCUCGUCGCUGAAGGAGAUAAAUUUUGAUGACAAUCCUUUGCUGAGACCUCCAAUGGAAAUCUGUAAGGGAAAACAGCUGCACACUAUCACAUGCUAUCUCCAAAGAGCGGAUGAAAGAGAUGAGAAAAUCUUACAGAAGAUAUUCAACAUAGUUGCCAACAAUAUCACUGAGAUAAAUUUUGAAUUUUUGCAACAAAAACUAAAAAUGAAAGGCUCUCAAUCUAGCAUUCCUGUAAAAAACACUGCUCCAUUCAAUGAGAGAAUCUACCACUCACUUAUUCAGUGGAAAGAGGACCAGAACUUGUCAGUCACAGCUAUGGCCUUAAGAGAGCAACUCGUUCGGGCACUAACUAUGAUAGGUGCUCAUGAAAUAAUAGACAAGAUCAGAGCUUUGAAUAUUUAUACAAGUGCCAUCAGACUCUAGCCAGUGGAUCUGAAAUCGAAGCUGGAAACACCUUGCACUUAUAGAACUGAAACUUGACCUUGGGGCUAAAUCAUUUUGCUGAUACAAGUGAAUUAUUUGUAUAUCCUGUCUCUUUUUGUUUCUUAGUAGUUAUUUUUUUAUUUGUGUGUGUGAACAUGCAUGUGCCACAGUUGGCAUGUGGAAGUCAAAGGAAAAUGUCCAGGUCUGUUCCUCAAUCGAAGAACUGACAAGCCCUUGAUGCUCUGCUCUGUGUCUCCUGGGAUGGGUGUAAACAAGGAUUUGUGAACAAAUGUACUUCCUUAUCUCUGGAUGCUUACCCUUUGUAGCUUUGACCUAUGGCCAGGCUCAACACUCUUUAGGGUAAUACCUCAGAGGGCCUCUGAAAGACUCCACUUAGCAGGGUAUCAAAGCAGAUGCUGAGGCUCAUAGCCAAACUUUGGGCAGAGUACAGGGAAUCUUAUGAAAGAAGGGGGAGAUAGAAAGACCUGGAGGGGACAGGAGCUCCACAAAGAGAGCAACAGAAUCAAGAAAUCUGGAGCCAGGGGUCUCUUCUGAGACUGAUACUCCAACCAAGGACCAUGCAUGGAGAUAACCUUGAACCCCUGCACAGAUGUAGUCCAUGGCAGCUCAGUAUCCAAGUGGAUACCCUAGUAAGGGGAGCAGGGACUGUCUCUGACAUGAACUCAGUGGCUGGCUCUUUGAUCACCUCCACCCUGAUGGGGGAGCAGCCUUACCAAGCCACAGAGGAAGACUUUGC